AAUUGAAUCAUUAAGUUUUUAUGAGUAAUUUUUUAAGUAUAAAAAUGUAUUAAUUUAUUUUUCGAUGGUUUUAUGAUUGACAAUUUAACUAUCUAUGAAAUGGCUAUACCAAAUAUUUCUGAUGUUCCCAAUACACUAAAAAUAUUAGAAGAUGAUUAUCUCUCUCAUUUUGUAUCAAUUAAUAGUGAAAAUAAAUCUAAGAAUCAUGUUGUACAGCUUACUGCAGAAGAACAGUUGAAAAAAUUGAAUAGAGGAUUAGAAUAUGUAGACCAGCUUAUAAGUGAUCAGACUUAUGAUAACCAUGAAGAAUUAUUUAACCAAGUGACUUGGACAGAAAAUUUAGAAUCUAUUAUAAAUGAAAUAUCGUCGCAAAUCCAGAACUUGCAAUCAUCAAUUGAACUAUUAAAGUGUAAAAUUAUAGAUUUAUUCGUUAAAGUUCAAACUCAAGUUAUCAUUCUCAAUAGAUUGCAUGCCAUUUGUGAUUUAUUAAGGAAAAUUAUGAGAACACAAAGUCUAACUUUGCAAGCAUUAGACAAAGAAAAUGUUAUGUCAUCUCAUUCAAUGUUAGAAAUAAGAGAAUUAAUUGAAGAUAAAGAUUUGAAAGAAAUAACAUUUUUAAGUAAAGAUUUAAUUAAAUUAAGUAAUUUUUGUGAAAAAAAAAAUGUUAUUGGAUUAAAAUGACACAAAUUUGUUAUCAUAUAUUUGUAUAUUUUAUUUAUGGUUGAUC